AUGAGCGCUGGUGGAGGAGACAGGCCCCUUACAUUUCGGCCAUCAGUCGAUGAUAGGGCUCAGCUUGACGCUUUUCUGAAGGACGUAUUCAAGAAAUACUUGGAGCAGAGAUCUCACUUAUUAGGUUCCUCGUCGGAUCAACCAAGUCUCAAUCCCUCUCAAGGCCAGACAAAGGAAGAAGACGACCGAAGUUUGGCCCUGAGACGGGCUUCAAUGCCCGCAGCAACAGCUGCAGCAUCCACAAACCCAAUCCCUGCAGGAAAACAAGUUGGAACAUUGAAACAGCCCCCGCCCGCAGUGCUGCCCACGAAAGUAGCACAGAUGGCACCGGCUCCAAGAAAUCCUCGUCCUUCCAAGAAAAGGAAAAUCUCAACUUUGACCUCUUCUCCCCCAACGAGUCCUGAAGCCCCUGAUAGGCCCCCAAGUGAACCAAAGAGCAGCACUCCGGCUGCAGCAGGUAGCAUUUGGAAGUCAGAGAAAGGUGCUGGUCCCAAAGUAGCCGCUGAACCGCAAGACGGGAAGUCAGAAAUUUGUUCUCCUGAAGCCAAAAGUGUUCCAACGGUCAAUCAUGAGUUCAUUCAAAGGCAGCUGGAUUCCAUUGCUCGAGCAAGUCUUUUGCGCGCCAAGACGAUUGACAUUCAUGCCCCUGAUCCAGAACAGGAUGCCCCGCCGAAUGAGACACCGGUCCAAAAACGCCGUCGUUUAGAACGGAUUAACGGGAGAAGAAAGAGGGCCAAAAAGCUCAUCGAAAUUGAUUCUCUCAACGAACGGCUUGUUACCCUGGUUCAGGAGAACAAUCGGCUCAAGUCCGAGAAUGCUGAUUAUCGACAGAAAAUCGAAGUGAUCAAGAAAAACCUGGCGAGUGGAAGGAGUAUUGCCAGCCCAGGGCGCCAAAGCACAAGUCAACCUGGUCGAGCUGGAACGCCUCUUGUUCGACUGCCGAAUCAGGUUCAAACCCAGCCUUCGCAGUCAGCGUCACUCCCAUCGUCUCGUCCGUCCACACUACCCUCCAUACUUCCUCAAUCGCAGCCUCCUCGACUGCUCCAAUUGCAGCAACAAGUCCCACCACAAGCUCAGUUGCAACCAGCACUUGCAUCCGCUGCAACACUUCCUCAGCAUGUUUUGUUCUCAUCGCUUCUGUCAACCUUGGUUCCUUCUCCUUCGCCCAACCAGUCGUCUCUGUUGGCAAGUUUGUCAACAAACAAUCCUCGUUUGCAGCUGCAGAAUUCAUCCAUCCUCUUCCGGCCGCAAUUACAAUUGCAAACUCAGCUGCAGUUGCCUCUUCAACUGGCAGUGGCUCGACAACAACAGCAACAGCAGCAACAACAACAACAUCCACCACAACCACAGCAGGUCCUGCCGUCUUCGUCUGGGUUCGCGCAGCUUUAUGCGGGGAAUCCUGCUCACUUGCCACCUUCGACAGUAUCCAUGAUUUCACGAAUUGCACAAGCUUCGCGUCAGCCAGAUCAGUUGUACCCUUUUGCAGUGAGAACCGCUCCUUUACAUACGGGAACGUCGGCAACAACACCUGUUGCUGCCGUGGCUUCCCCCGAAGCCGCUCGGUCCGGCUCCCCUCCACCCAGAAACGCCAAGGAACUCAAGGCUUGGAUGGAAAAGCAAAAGAAGGAAUCCAAAAAGUAA